UCGGGGACCCUCCCGGGGCCCGCGGGGUCGCGCGGGCUGACGCGGUGUGUCCCCGGCCUCCGGGGUCCGCACGUGUGUCCACCAUCGGCCUGAAGCGGGGGGCGCCCGGGCCCAGCCGACCGGCUCUCCGGGCCCGCAGCGUGCUGCCCUGCUGCCAGGUUACCUCCCAGGCCUCCCUUGGCCCGAGCAGUGAGCUGGUUGGAAUGGUGACCCGGCAAGCCCCUGAGCCUGCCCAGUGUCUGUGCCCCUCCCUGGCCAGCCCGACUGUCAAGGAUGUGCUUCGGAGAAAGCACAAGAGGAAGAGCCGACAGCACCAGCGCUUCAUGGCCCGGAAGGCCUUGCUGCAGGAGCAGGGGCUGCUGAGCACGCCCCCAGAGCCAGGAUCCUCCCCAACGCCCGUGCCGGCGGACACACCCCUGGGCACUGAAGCUGCCAGUAGGGAGAACCAGCGCCCAAGGACCGAAUCUGGAGGGGUCCCAUGCAGCAGAAAGCCCGCCCCCUGGGAAUCUGCUGGGCCCUUGCCCAGCAAGUGUGUGGCUAUAGACUGUGAGAUGGUGGGCACAGGACCCCACGGGCGGGUGAGUGAGCUGGCCCGCUGCUCCGUGGUGAGUUACCACGGUGACGUCCUCUACGACAAAUACGUCCGGCCUGAGAUGCCCAUCGUGGACUACCGCACUCGCUGGAGCGGUAUCACUCGGCAGCACAUGCGGAAGGCCAUCCCCUUCCAGGUGGCCCAGAAAGAGAUCCUCAAGCUCCUGAAGGGCAAGGUGGUGGUGGGGCACGCGCUGCACAAUGACUUCCAGGCCCUCAAGUAUGUUCACCCUCGGAGCCAGACCCGGGAUACUACUUAUGUCCCCAACCUCCUCAACCAGCCCGGCCUCCACACCCGGACCCGGGUCUCUCUUAAGGACCUGGCCCUGCAGCUGUUGCACAAGAAGAUCCAGGUGGGCCAGUACGGGCACUCGUCGGUGGAAGAUGCCGUGACGGCCAUGGAGCUCUACCAGCUGGUGCAGGUGCAGUGGGAGCAGCAGGAGGCCAGCCGCCUCUGCACCCACCCGGAGGACAGGGAGCCCGACAGCAGCACGGACACAGAGCAGUAUAUGGAGGACCAGUACUGGCCAGAGGACCUGGCCACCAGCGGAGGAAGUGGGGAGGCCCAGGACAGAAGAGAAUGAGGGAGGAGAGGUUCCUGGCCAGCUUCCGAGGGUGGGGAGAGGGGCCAAGAGAGCACUGGGUGCCUCCUGAAGGUGGCCGGAUGCAGCCAGCACCCCCAGGGCCCGGAGAGCUGGGGCCCUCUGUCCUCCACUCCCUCUGCCCACAGCACAGCCCCCUCUCUCCAGGGCUGUUGUACCCCUUCUCUCCACUCCUGUGGUUUUACUAACAGCACUUUAUAGACACCGUGAAAAUGUCAGGUGGACAAGCUGCUAGGCCCCAGCAGGAGUAGGAAUGUGCCAACACACUGUCUCAGGCUGGCACUUCCCCACGCCCACGCCGUGCUGUCUAAAGGGAUAAUGUCUCCCUCCCGGGGUGGGGCUGUCAAUAUCCAGGAGCUCCCUUAUCUCAAGUCAGUGACUUGGGGUGAAGUUCUCUUCCUGUUGUGGCAAUCUACCUCUUCCUCCAGAGUCCUCUUCCGGUUCAGAGUAAACACGCCCUGCAGCUGUAGCCAAGGCCCCUCCAGGAGAUGGUUCUUCUGUCUGAACUGGCGCUCUGGCUCAGCCAUCAUGGGAGCUCAAUGUAGGCUGGGAUGGAGUCAGAGCCCGCUGGGGAGCUGCUCCUCACGUGCUUGGCACCAGCAGUCACCAGGCGCUAUUCUGGGAAGAGGGACAGCGGAUCAGCUUUGGGUGGAGACUGGAUAUUUAUUUUGACCCAAAUCAGGCAUUCCUCGUGCCCACUCAACACUAGACUCUCUUAAGCAAAGUCUGAGAAAGAAGACAGUGGCUUGAAUUCUGGGACCUCUGCAGAAUUGCACUGAAGGGGCCUGCCUGCCUUUAUUAAGAGCAAGGCCACCAGUCUGUAGAGGAGCAGAGUCCUCGUGUCCACUGGGGCUGGGGCCCCAUUAGGCACUUUGAUUGACAAUCUCUUUGGUGCUUGGGUUUCCUCCAAAUUUCUAAAAAUGUUCUCUGUCAGGAUUUCAUCCCCCAUUCCUCUUUCUGUGUUUCCUAAAGGCAAAUUUGGGGUGUGGGGGUAGCUAAGAGCUCAGGUCACACAGACCUUUGAGCCCCAUCUUUCUUGCCACUUAGAGCUUGGACACCUUAGGCAAGUCUGUGGCUUCCCCCUCGAGCCUGCUCCCUCCUCUGUAAAAUGGGGGUAAUGAGAUGACCUACCUCAGGUGGUGGUCAUGAGGAUGGAGUGCCGAGUGCUCAGCAUGGGGCCCGGUGAGGGGUGGGCCCUGGUCAAGGGGACCUGCUGGGUUUUCUCGAAGGAUUAGUUUCAGCCUCUGCAGGGUAACACACCUGAACACACCCCUAGGGCUGAGCGGCUUUGGCCCAGACAGAACUGCGGUGGCUGUUCCAGCAGGUGGGGCUGGGCCUGGGGUGAGGACACAACGUGGGGGCCAGGGUUCUCAGUGCUCCCCACGGCUGCGUGACCUGCAUGGACUCUGGCCCUCUGCUGUGUGCAGAAAAACAAGGGCUUUUCGUGUCAGUCUGAGCAAAGCAGCAGGACCAGGAAGGGUGAGGCACCCCUGAACUCUAGGCCACAGAUUGUCCUGUCACCCACUCCCUCCCCACCUGCAGAACAGGGAGCGUCUGAGUCAUGGCCCACUCCUGGCCCGCCUCCAGGACUUUGUUCUGGAUUCCUUAAAAGUCUGUAGCUGACGCCCCACUCACUCACAGCUGAGCAGCAGUUUCGGUUCUUCGCCUGUGGUUUGAAAGAAGCUGGAGCUGUUAGCAGUGGGGAGGUGUGCUGGGCUUACAAUCAGCUGUGUUGUAAAACCGUUUCUUCUGGAAUAAAAUUCAGUUGGAAAAGUG